AUGAAGGACCCAGAGUCCGCCAUAUUCGAUAGCACCGCUUCGCGAGAUCCGGCGAAGCUAGGGUUUCGUGGAGACUUCAUCAUGUGUAUGACAAUUAUUCUAUUCUUCUCUGGGCUUGUCGUGGGGCUUUGGUCUGAGAUGGGAUGUGGCUCCGUUUGCCUACAUUUCCUGCAGAGACAUUCCGCCGUUGCCUUUUUUUGCGCUGGGGGGUCGGUCUUGAUUCUAGUGCUAUUGUACUUGCUGGACUUCUUUAAUGCGCCGCACAUUCCCGGCGAGUACUUGGUUCUGUAUCCUGGAGAUUGGUGGAUGGGACGUGGACUGCUCACCAUUGCGGUGGCCAAAAUUUUGGUUGGCAUCCUUUUCCUUGCAGAUCGGUUUCCCACUGCCCCGCUUGUGUUGACCAUCUUCUUAUGCCCAACAGCAUUAAUUAUUGUGCGCCAGCUUACCAAACCGAAGCCUCGCUUUCAGCUGGGUGCUGGUUCAGCGGAGCACAACCUGAAGGAUCGAUUGCGAAUGCUAAAGAUGGUCACUGGUGAGGAGAGGGAGCAGCGGAUCUUCUACAAAGCCGCGGCGAUUGCAUUUGCAGUAACUGCUGUGCUCUGCAUUGGUGCGUGGAUCCCUUGGGCAGCCACAACUUCUGUGCACUUUGACGUCAGCACCGACGCCGUAGAGCGCGAGAUGAACUUUGUGCGCUGGGCCACGCCAUUGAUUGCCGGCAUCUGCAACCUCAUCUUUGCAAGCUUCGCCGCGCUGCGCGUUGCCCUGGAUAAGACCUAUGCAGGGACAGACCACAAUCGUGCCCAGAUCAUCCUGAGCUCACGUAGUCACAUGAACCGUGAGCUGAUGGACUUCCGGAUUGCUCAGCUGCGGGUCCAGCUUGCAAAGGAGGAUGCUGGUACGCAGCAGCUCUCCAACAUCGUCCAGACAGUUGGCUGUGGCUUUAUUGCCCUGCUCGGGGCCCUUUUCGUUGCCUUUCAGCUCUGGGCAGCGGACAGCCACAUCGCUGACAUGGUGCAGUGCUUCCUGGCUUUUUUCUUCCUGACUUUCCUGGCCUUCAUCUGUGUGUCAUUCAAUCGGAUCUGGCAAGCCAUGAGCACAUGGCUGCAGGACCUGCCCAUGUGGAAGUCUUUGCUGGGCAUUUGCGAGUCCAGCUGGGCUCGUGCUGGAUUCCUGGUCUUGACGCUGCCACUCAUGCCGCUUGUGCUGGCCAUGUCAGCUGCGAACCAAGCCGUGCGAGUUGCACGGGGCCUCCAUCCUGGUGGCCGGUGCUUGACAGAGCGCACUCAGGCCAUCUUCGUGCAACUGACGCAGUGGGAGUGGGUCCCCAUUGCCUCCUGGGCCUACGUCAUGGCUGUGAUUCUGAUAUUGUACAAGAUCAUUCCCAUAUUUCUGAACGUGCUGUUGGCAUGGCUAAAGUCCUUUGUCACCAACCUCCCAUUCCUGGGCAUCCUGGGAUUCACCUUUGGAGCUGGCAUGUUCCUCUUCAUGCUGCCGCCGGUCCCAGGUCCGCCAAUCUACCUUUUUGGUGGCCUCGUCAUCUCUGGCCGAUGCCCGUACGGCUUUUGGUGGGGUUGUGUCAUCUGCAUUUUCCUUUGCGUCGUGCUGAAGCUUUCGGCGUGCGCCAUCCAACAGAAGAUCAUUGGACAGAUGCUUGGAAGUCGCCAGUCCAUUCGCCACAUGGUUGGCAUUCACCGGCCCUUCAUGCGAGCAAUCGAAUCUGUUCUCCGAAGACCCGGCCUGAACUUCGGAAAGUGCAUGAUCCUGUGUGGAGGUCCAGAUUGGCCAACGUCAGUGCUUGCAGGAAUAAUGCGUGUCUCGCUGAUCCAGUGCACCAUUGGCACUUUGCCGGUGAUCUUCUCCACGAUUCCGCUGGCCCUGACCGGCAGCUUCUAUUUGAAGCGGGACGAAAGUGAAGUUUGGGCGAGAGCUGGCAACUUGAUGUUUUCCCUGACGGCCAUGGUCUCCGUGACCUUUUGGGGAGGGAUGGGCUGGGCGAUUCAGGACGCUUUCGAUAAGCUCAACGACCAGAUCCACGCUCCCAAGGUUGAGUUUGUGGACCUGGACUGGUUGGAUUAUUGUGAGGACCGCAUCAGGGAGAAGUGUCAGCUGAAGGCUCGGGACCUCCCGGUGUGGGUGCGUUGCUGCCACUUCGGUGGGGCGCUCCUCAUUGUCUUUGUUGCGCAGAUCUUCUUCUGGAGGGCGAGCGUGUGCUUUGGCACCUUCAGGGUGACCGACGACUUGGAAGACUUAAAGUGGUGGCCUUGGAGUGAGGGUGAUGGGAUGCCCAUGGUCAACAAAUAUGGCUUGGGCGGCCUUCUCUUGGUGGUCCUUUCCUUCGUGAUUCUGUGCUUCUCACGUGCCUGGCGGAAACGGCACAAUGCUCAAGCAAGGGUACUAGUCAUGAAGGAGCUUCACGGAGAGGAGGCGGCCUGGAAGCAGCGGAGGAAAGAGGAGGCAGAAAACUGGGCGCCGCCGAGAAGUGCCUCUGGCUCACCGGUGGUUAGGGGCGCCUUUGCUAAGGCAUUGCCUGAAGAUGACAGUGUGGUAAAUGCAGUCGCCACAGCGGCUGAGGUGGCUGAGGUAGAUCCGAAGCUUGGUUUGAAGGACAUAAUGGACUUGGCCAUGGAGGCCGAGACCCAAGUUCCAGACGAUGAGUUCUCAUCAUUGCCUCAGCGGCCUGCCAUUUCUCCAGGAGCAACCAUCAUUGGUCGGCCUCCCAUGGGGGCUGAGUAUAGUCCGACUGAGUGCAGCCCACGCCGAACGUCAAUCCGGCUUUAG